AUGGCAGACUUCUUCAACAUCAAAGCUCGACAACAACAAGCUGCACAAGCUAGCUCCUCAAAAGCACCCACCUCCAAACAAGAGUCAAAUCGCCUCCAACCAUGGGUUGAGAAGUACCGCCCCAAAACCCUCUCUGAAGUGACAGCACAAGACAACACCAUCCAAAUCCUCUCGCGGACCCUCCAAUCCUCCAACCUCCCACACAUGCUCUUCUAUGGCCCCCCCGGCACCGGCAAAACCUCCACCAUCCUCGCCCUCGCCAAACAACUGUACGGACCCGACCUGCUCAAAUCACGCGUGCUCGAGCUCAACGCCUCGGACGAACGCGGCAUCAGCAUCGUACGGCAAAAAGUAAAAGAUUUUGCACGACAACAGCUCAGUCUCGCGCCGAGCUACUCGGUCAUGGUCGAGGAUAAAGCAGCGGCUGGACGGGGCGAGGACGAAGCCGCAGGCACAGGCGAGAAGAAAAUGGCACGCUAUCGCGACGUCUAUCCCUGUCCACCAUUUAAAAUCAUUGUCCUAGAUGAGGCAGACAGCAUGACGCAGGACGCACAAUCUGCACUGCGCAGGACAAUGGAAACAUAUAGUCGCGUCACGCGCUUCUGUCUCGUAUGCAACUACGUCACGCGCAUCAUCGAUCCGCUCGCGAGUCGGUGCAGCAAAUUUCGCUUCAAGAGUUUGGAUCAGGGGAAUGCGGUUAGGCGGGUCGCCGAUAUCGCGAGGCUCGAGGGCGUUGCGCUGGAUCCGGGGGUCGCGGAGGAAUUGGUUAGGGUGGCCGAGGGUGAUUUGAGGAAGGCGAUUACGUUUUUGCAGAGUGGGGCGCGGUUGGUGGGUGCGGUGCAGGCGAAUGUGGCUGCGGGCACGGGGCGGAAGAAGAGGGUGGUUGAGGAGGGCGAGGGGGAGGGGGAUGAAAUGGAUAUCGAUGCGCCUGCGGCAGCUGCGCCGUCUACGGCUGGGACAACGGUGUCGCUACAGGCUAUUGCUGAGAUUGCAGGUGUGAUUCCACCAGAGACUUUGGCUGGCCUGAUGGACGCUCUGUUUCCAAAGUCAAAGGCAAAAGCGAUACGGUAUAAUGAGAUUGCAAAAGUGGUCGAGGAUAUGGUGGCUGAGGGCUGGAGUGCAACGCAGACGGUCAGUCAGCUGUACGAGAAGAUCAUGUAUGAUGAGCGGGUCGAGGAUGUGAAGAAGGUGCGGUUAGCCGGUGUCUUCAGUGAGACGGAUAAGAGGCUGGUGGAUGGUGGGGAUGAGCAUUUGGCGGUGCUGGAUCUAGGGGUGAGAGUUGCGGGAGUGCUGUGUCAGGGUUGA